AUGUUGGUUUCCUAUGGAUUGGAUGUAGGUGAAAAGCAAAAAACCAAAGUCAUCAAAAAUGAUUUAAACCCUGAAUGGAAUGAGACACUGAACUUCGAUUUGGGUGGCAAACCUCUGACUAAAGCCGAUUCCCUAAAGGUCCAUGUUAAAGACUGGGAAAGACUCCAGCGCAACAGACUGUUAGGUCAAGUUUCGAUACCCCUGUUCGAGUUAGUCAAAAGAAAAUCUCGAGAUGUUAAUCUUGCUAUGCAAGAUCCGAAAGGCAAUCCAAUGGAGGCAACAAUCAGCUUGUCUCUUGAAUAUAACGGACCACCUUCCAGCAAGAGCGAAUCUGGCAAAGGUGGUAAUUCAGAAGGCGAUGCUGCCAAUGACGCUGGCGGUGUUGGAGAAGAAGGAGAUGAAGAACAAGAAAUCAAUGAAGAGGGAGACGGUGAUGCAGAAGAAGACGAAGAAAACCAAGAAGGCGAUGCUGCUCCUAGGGGUACUGGUGGAGUAGCGAGAUCCAGAAAACGGAGAAAGAAUCGCCGCAAACUAUCUAAGAAACCGCAAGAUUUUCAAGUUCGCAUCAAGGUUAUCGAAGGACGUCGUCUUGUUGGAUCUAAUAUUAAGCCAGUGGUUCGAGUCAAUGUCGCCGAUCAAUCGCAACAAACUAAAGUUAAAAAAAGGACUAAUAAACCUUAUUUUGAUGAGACAUUCUUUUACAACUUUCAUUUGUCACCUAUGGAGUUAUUUGAUGAAAUAAUUGUUUUUCAAGCAUUUACAGCUCACAAAUAUCGAUAUAAUAGCCUUCUUGGAUCAUUUAAGAUCGAUAUUGGAACUGUAUAUGAAGAAGAAGAGCAUGCUUUCAUUAAUAAAUGGAUAUUAUUGACUGAUCCUGAUGAUGGUAGUGCUGGUGUUAAGGGCUACCUAAAAAUUUGCGCUAUGGUGUUAGCUGCUGGUGAUGAAGCCCCAAAUAUUCCUACAAACUUUCCAGAUGAAGAUGACAUGGAAGCGAAUUUACUACAGCCCGCCGGUAUACAACUUCGUUCUGCUACGUUUGCUUUAAAAGUUUACAGAGCUGAAGAUCUACCAAGGAUGGACGUAGGCUUCCUACAAGGCAUUAAGAAAGUCUUUGGUAGUGAUGAUCAAAAGGAAUUAGUUGAUCCGUAUUUUAAGUUUUCUUAUGCUGGACGAAAAGCAAAGACUCGGGUAGAAUAUAGUUGUGAUAACCCAGAAUGGAAUCAAGAGUUAAGGCUAAAGAUUAGGUUGCCUUCCAUGUGCGAAAGACUAAAGCUUUCAAUGAUAGAUUGGGAUAACGCAGGGCGGAAUGACUCUAUUGGUACCUACUUCAUGAAUAUUUCCAGUAUAUCAUCUAACAAUGAGGAAGGGUUUCCUCCCACAUUCGGUCCAUGUUAUAUUAACUUUUACGGCUCACCCAGAGAAUUCACCAGUAUUGAUGAGCAUGAAGAUCUUAAUGAUGGAAAGGGAGAAGGUUGCGCUUACAGAGGGCGGGCACUGAUCGAGCUGUCUACUAAUGUUGAUGACGAAAAUGAUGCAUCUGUUACCGAAGUAACUGAAGAAGAUUGUGAUAAAAUCAAGCUUUUCAUGCGCACCAGAAAAUUUGCUCUUCAUGCGGCUUUCCACGAAGCAACCAUGAUUAAAGAAAAAGACUGUCCUAUUGAAUUUGAAGUCAGCAUUGGUAAUAAUGGCAAUAAGUUAGACGAUCGAGUGCCAACAUCAUCAUCAACAACACCUCCUACUAAUGCAAUUUUUGACGGCAAUUAUUACUAUUACUUGCCCUGGAAUAAAAGAGGAAAAUCUGGUUCAUAUACGUUCAAGCAUAAAAAGGCAGAUGACAGAAGAAGAAAUUAUAUCCGAAAUUACUUCUACGAUCAGCACCUUAAAAAUAGAUCUAAGGCAUACCUAAAGAAUGCCGUUCAAGAAUUAGAACUAUUAAAUCCAUUAACCGUUACUGAUGCAGUAGAAGAGAUUGAGAAUUUCGUUCAGCGCCUGAAAGAUAUAGCAUAUGAGCCCCAAAUAAGUAUCCCUGACGUAGUUAUUUGGAUGUUAUAUGGUGAAAAAAGAGUGGCAUAUUACAGAAUUCCUGCACAUGAGAUUCUACACUCUUCUAAUUUUGACCCCGAUGCGACCGGGAAAUAUUGUGGUAAAAUUCAAACCAUAAACUUAAAGUAUCCGGGCAAAAAAGCUGAUAAAAAAUGGAAUAUUCCAUGCCAAUUACGCGUUCAACUUUGGCUAGGCUUUGCCAAGGAAAAUGCAAAGUGGACAGAUAUGUUAAGUAACCAAGGUGAUCCAUCUAUCUUUGCUGAAACGUAUGAAAAUCAGCACAAUAUAGCUGUAUGGACAACGAAAGGCUUAUCACGCCCUAAAUAUUCUGAUGAUAAAGGAGAAUUGUACCUAGAGAAAGAGAAUUUUAUCGAACCAGAGGGAUGGGUAUUCGAAACAGAUUGGUUUAUGAGUCCUGAAACUAGCAAUCAGUAUGAAAAGGACACAGGACGAAAAUUCUAUUUAGAAGAUAUGUUUGAAAACGAAUGUCGAACGAUACCGGGUGGUAAAUGGUACGCACCUAAGGAGCCUUGGACCAAUGAAGCAAAACAAAAAGUCCCUGGUAAGGAAGAGGUUGUACUCCCCAAAGGAUGGGUUUGGGAAAGUGAUUGGCAAAUUGAUUACGAUCGUGCAGUUGACGAAGAUGGCUGGGAAUAUACGUUAGGUAGUGGUUAUGUACCAGUAGAAAAGAAUUAUCACUUAGAACGCAGGAGACGAUGGGUCAGAAAAAGACGAUUGAAGGAUGCUUCCGCAGCCAAGAAGAAGAAGCCUAAGUCUACUUCUAGCGAAGGAUGGCAGUAUGCUACCAGUUUCUCCAGUAAAUUCCAUCCUAAAAGUAGCAUGACCGAUUUUGUCAGAAGGCGCAGGUGGAUUAGAAAGCUUAAAGCAGUAAAACCAAAAGGGCCACCAGUAUUUGUUUUUUCGGAUGAAAAACAUAAAACAGAAUACACUUUAGCGCCGAGAAUGUCUCUUGAUGUUAAAAAAAGUCACAAAUUUCAGCUGCGUGCUUAUAUUUAUCAAGCUCGAGAUCUAAUAGCUGCUGACAGAAGCGGUUUAUCAGAUCCUUACGCUAGAGUAACCUUCGGCAACCUUAGUCAGGAAACACAAACGAUAGAAAAGACCUUAUGUCCGACUUGGGAUCAAACCUUGAUUUAUGACGAAAUAGAAAUAUUUGGCAGUCGCGAUGACAUCAUAGCAAAUCCUUAUCAAAUUACCAUCGAAAUCUUCGAUUCAGAUGAUUUUGGAAAGCCAGAAUUUAUCGGAAGGUGUAAUGCAAUUCCGAUGAUCAAGUGGAAAUCCAAUGAAUCUCGAACUCCAAAAUUGGCUUGGUAUCAAAUCAUACAAAACAAUUGCAAUGCAGGGGAACUUUUAGCUGCAUUUGAACUACUUUUGAUUGACGGUGGAGAUUUACCAUUUGCUCCUCCAAAGAAGAAGGAUAGUGAAUUGUACAUCGUUCCUAGCGGAAUUCGACCUGUCCUUCGACGAACAGCUAUCGAGAUUGCGCUAUGUUGGGGAGUUCGAAACUUGAAAAGAUUUCGUUUAUUACCCGUUAAUUCCCCCAGUAUUGAAUUAGACGUUGGUGGUUAUAUUCAAAAAACACCAAAAAUCAAGAGUGUUCGAAAAAACCCAAACUUUGAUAAUCCGAUAAUCUUUUUCGAUGUGAUGUUACCCAAAGAAGAAAUCUAUAGACCACCUUUAAAUAUCAAGGUUAUCGAUCAUAGAGCAUUCGGCAAUAAACCUCUAGUAGGCGUUCAUGUUAUAAACGACAUCAGUAAAUACGACUACGAUCCCACAGCAAGCCAAAAUGCACUGCAAGCGGGUGAAAUUGGCUCAACUAGUAAUGGUGGAAUAAAUAAUACUGGUCAUGAUAUGAUCGCAAUAGAAAUACAAGAUGAAAAGAAAGAUGAAGACAAGAAUAAACAGGAUGAGGAAGAAAUUGAUUGGUGGUCAAAGUACUAUGCUUCAACUGGGGAUCCUAAAGAUUUACAGAGAGCGACGGACUACAUAAGUAAAGGAUACGAUAAGCUGAAGAUAUUUAAAACUGAAUUAGAAGAAGUUGAAAUUUACAACAACUUCGAAGACUUUGUUCAACUAUUUCCGAUCUAUCGUGGUAAAGCCAAGAAAAAAGGAGAGGAUGAUGAAGGUGAACUAGUUGGAGAAUUUAAGGGUACUUUUAGAGUUUACCCUUUGCCAUCAGAUCCAAGCGAGCCCUUGCCAUCAAAAGUGUUUGAUCCUGAGCGAUUGCCCAAAACUAAAGGAUUGCAGUGUAUCGUCCGUGUCUAUGUUAUUAAAGCUAUUGAUUUAGCUCCUAAAGAUCAAAAUGGUGCUUCAGAUCCAUAUUGUGUCAUAAAAAUUGGAAAAGAAAAGAUUAACGAUAGGGAUAAUUAUAUACCAAAUACCAUCAAUCCAGUAUUUGGUCGGAUGUUCGAAUUGACUUGCACUUUACCCCAACAGAAAGAUCUAAAAAUUUCAAUUAUGGAUUGGGAUAUGAUUAGUAAAGAUGAUCUCAUUGGCGAAACAUCUAUUGAUUUAGAAAAUCGUUAUCUUACUAAGCAUAACGCUUUAUGCGGCUUACCGGAAACUUAUUGCACUUCCGGUGUCAAUCAAUGGCGAGAUGCCCGAUUGCCAAAGGAUAUUCUGAUUAAAUGGUGUGAAGAUCACGGACUUCCAUCUCCUCGGUUUACCAGCAAUGCUCAAGUAAUACUUAACGGAGAAAUAUACAAUUUGGCUGAUUUCGAAACGGAUAUGAAAAAACAUAAACAUCUUGGUGAACCUGAGCAACGAUUAGCAUUGCAUGUUUUACGAAAGCAAGCAGAAAUUGUUCCUGAACAUGUUGAGACAAGAUCCUUAUUUAAUCCUCUUACGCCAGGGGUUGAGCAGGGCAAACUACAAAUGUGGGUAGACAUAUUCCCGAAAUGUGACGGACCUCCUGGUCCACCGUUCGAUAUUACACCUCGCAAGCCGAAAGACUAUGAAUUACGAGUUAUUAUAUACAAUACCUCUGAUGUUAUCCUAGACGAAACGUCAUUACUAGGAGAGAAAAUGAGUGAUAUUUACGUUAAAGGCUGGAUCCGAGGAGUGGAUGAAAAACUUAAAACAGACGUUCAUUACAGAUCGCUAAAUGGGGAAGGAAAUUUCAACUGGCGGUUCAUUUUCCCGUUCCAAUACUUGCCGGGAGAAAAAUCUAUUGUCAUUAAGAAAAAGCGAAUGAUCAGGAUUGAGUCUAAGUAUAAGGAAUUAUGUGAUUCACUAUCACCUCUAUGCUAUUUCCUACGGUUGUUAAUACUGGUGAUCAUCGUAAUUUCAUAUGCCCAGAAAUGUACUUUGGAUCAACUUCCUGGACGCGGAGGCAAAGGCAAGGAUUUAGUCUCCAUCUUCGAAAUGAAACAAAUGCAAGGCUGGUGGCCUGUAGUUAAAAGUGAAGCAGAAAAUCCAGAAAUAACGGGUAAAGUGGAAAUGUCAAUUGAAAUCUUAACUAGUGAAGAAGCUGCUGCAAAACCUGCUGGAGUUGGACGUAGUGAUCCUAAUGCAAAUCCUCAUCUUGAUCCUCCCAAGGUGCUUUGGCCAGACGUAUUGUUGGUUCAAGUAAAUAAUAACCGUGGAUUAUUUCGUAAAGGGUUUAUAACAGUAUGA